UUUCUACUGGUGUUAGAAAAUGGCGUUUUUGGCAGUUUUGUUCACUGCUGUGAAGCUCGCCGGAGUUUUGGCAACGGUGACUGUUGCCGCCAAUGCAUACUCAUUCGAGCGCUUCCGGAGAAAGAAUCUCCGGCGUUUCAAAUCACCAAUUGAUGAGGAUUCAGAGGUUCUAGCGUCUUUUAAUGUUGACGCAAAAGAAACAGAUGGAUUUUUCUUCGGAUUGGCCACUGCGCCAGCCCAUGUCGAAGACAGGCUUAACGAUGCUUGGCUUCAGUUUGCAGAAGAAAAUCCUUGUGACAAAUCAGAGUCAUCUCAGGAUAGGGAACCAGCUGAUGCACUAAUGGCUUCAGCUGCCGGUGAUGGUGGGUCGCAAAAAGCUUCUAUUUCUGGGAAAGAAGAAGUUCUUAAAAAGAAGAAAAAGAAUCUUAAGGUAGCUAUGGAAGCCAUGAUUAGAGGGUUUGAAAAGAACACGGAAGAUGAGGUUCCAGAUGCAGAAUGCCAUCAUAAUGUAGCUGCAUGGCACAAUGUUCCCCACCCGGAGGAGAGACUAAGAUUUUGGUCUGAUCCUGACACGGAGUUGAAGCUGGCUAAAGAUACUGGAAUUAGUGUCUUCCGUAUGGGAAUAGAUUGGACGCGAAUAAUGCCAGAGGAGCCCAUCAAUGGGGUUAAGCAAUCUGUUAAUUUUGCAGCUCUUGAGAGAUAUAAAUGGAUCAUCACUAGGGUUCAUUAUUAUGGAAUGAAGGUGAUGUUAACAUUAUUUCAUCACUCAUUGCCACAAUGGGCUGGUGAAUAUGGUGGGUGGAAGGUUGAGAAAACUGUUGAUUAUUUCAUGGACUUCACUAGGCUUGUUGUUGACAGUGUAUCAGAGUUGGUAGAUUACUGGGUGACAUUUAACGAGCCUCAUGUCUUUUGUAUGCUAACUUAUUGUGCGGGUGCUUGGCCUGGGGGUCAUCCGGAUAUGUUGGAGGCUGCCACUUCUGCAUUACCUACUGGCGUUCUCAAUCAGGCGAUGCAUUGGAUGGCUGUUGCUCAUACAAAGGCAUAUGAAUAUAUACAUGAAAAGGGGACCUCUACAAAUUCAUUAGUUGGAGUUGCACACCAUGUAUCAUUUAUGCGGCCAUAUGGUAUCUUUGAUGUUGCUGCUGUUUCUGUGGCUAAUUCGCUUACCCUUUUCUCGUACUUGGAUAGUAUUUCCGACAAGCUUGAUUAUAUAGGCAUAAACUACUACGGACAGGAAGUGGUCUCUGGAGCUGGGCUGAAGCUAGUGGAGACUGACGAGUACAGCGAAUCUGGCCGUGGAGUAUAUCCUGAUGGCCUAUUUAGAAUGCUGCUUCAAUACAAUGAAAGAUACAAACAUCUCAAGGUGCCCUUCAUAAUUACCGAGAAUGGAGUUUCUGAUGCAACAGAUCUGAUUCGUCGACCAUAUCUGGUGGAACAUUUACUUGCUAUUUACGCAGCAAUGACAAUGGGUGUUCCUGUGCUUGGUUACUUGUUCUGGACUAUUUCCGACAACUGGGAGUGGGCUGAUGGAUAUGGUCCCAAGUUUGGACUUGUGGCAGUGGAUCGUGAAAAUGGUCUUGCACGUAUUCCACGCCCAUCAUACCAUCUAUUUUCCAAGGUGGCAAGUACUGGUAAGAUCACUUGUGAGGACCGAGCUCGUGCAUGGAAUGAUCUCCAAAGAGCUGCUAAAGAGAAACAAACGCGACCAUUUUAUCGGGCAACUGAUAAACAUGGUUUUAUGUAUGCAGGAGGCCUUGAUGAACCUGUUCAACGACCUUUCGUCGAAAGAGAUUGGCGAUUUGGACACUAUGAGAUGGAAGGUCUGCAGGAUCCGUUCAGCCGCCUGUCUAGAUGCAUUCUUCGACCACUUUCCAUCAAUAAGAAAAGAAAGCAUAAAAGGAAUGAUGAUGAAGUUCUGCUUCAACCUCUUGAAUUUGCUGUCUGAUCGCAUAGAAUCUGCCUAAGCUAUAGUCUCUGGUACAUUAAAGGUAUGCAUAACUUUGAAUGCACAUACAUUCAUUAUCUGCUAUUUGUAAUAAUUCAAACCAUAUUAUGUCGAUAAUAUUUUUAUUGUAUCGAACAAAGAGUAAAUUUUGCAAUAAUCAUACAUGUAAAUAUUCAAUCUACAA